AUGUCUUGUAAUGGAACCUGCCUCCAGGGUUGCUGCUGCAGUGUCCCCACGGGUCCAGCCACCACCAUCUGCUCCUCAAACAAAUGCUGCCGGUGUGGAGUCUGCCUGCCCAGUACCUGCCCUCAUGAGAUCAGCCUCCUCCAGCCCACCUGCUGUGACUGCUGCCCUCCCCCAUGCUGUGUACCUGAUUUCUAUGUGCCAACAUGCUGGCUGCUCAACUCCAGCCAUCCCACUCCCAACCUGUGUGGCAUCUCGGUGACCACAUGCCUUCAGCCCUAUGUGUGUGAACCAUCUUCCUGCUAG